GAUGGUCCCGACGGAGGCCCCGCUGAUGACUGGACAGUCGGGUCCUGGCCAUGGGAAGAAGUUGGGUCAUCGGGGCGUGGACGCCUCUGGCGAAACCACCUACAAGAAGACCACCUCCUCCACCCUGAAGGGGGCCAUUCAGCUGGGUAUCGGCUACACUGUGGGCAAUCUGAGCUCCAAGCCAGAGCGUGACGUGCUCAUGCAAGACUUCUACGUUGUGGAGAGCAUCUUCUUCCCCAGCGAAGGCAGCAACCUCACCCCCGCCCACCACUUCCAGGACUUCAGGUUCAAGACCUACGCCCCCGUCGCCUUCCGCUACUUCCGGGAGCUCUUCGGGAUCCGGCCGGAUGAUUACUUGUACUCGCUGUGCAACGAGCCACUGAUCGAGCUGUCCAACCCUGGCGCCAGCGGCUCCCUGUUCUACGUCACCAGUGACGACGAGUUCAUCAUCAAGACGGUGAUGCACAAGGAGGCCGAGUUCCUGCAGAAGCUGCUGCCCGGCUACUACAUGAACCUCAACCAGAACCCGAGGACGCUGUUGCCCAAGUUCUACGGGCUGUACUGCGUGCAGUCAGGCGGCAAGAACAUCCGCGUGGUGGUCAUGAACAAUAUCCUGCCGCGCGUCGUCAAGAUGCACCUCAAGUUCGACCUCAAGGGCUCCACGUACAAGCGGCGGGCCAGCAAGAAGGAGAAGGAGAAGAGCAUCCCCACCUACAAGGACCUGGACUUCAUCCAGGACAUGCCCGAGGGGCUUCUGCUCGACGCAGACACCUUCUCUGCGCUCGUCAAGACGCUGCAGAGGGACUGCCUGGUGUUGGAGAGCUUCAAGAUCAUGGACUACAGCCUGCUCCUGGGCGUGCACAACAUCGACCAGCAGGAGCGCGAGCGGCAGGCCGAGGGCGCCCAGAGCACCGCGGACGAGAAGCGGCCGCUAGGGCAGAAGGCGCUCUACUCCACGGCCAUGGAGUCCAUCCAGGGCGGGGCCGCACGCGGGGAGGCCAUCGAGUCGGAUGACACGAUGGGCGGGAUUCCCGCCGUGAACGGCCGAGGGGAGCGUCUGCUGCUGCAUAUCGGCAUCAUUGAUAUUCUGCAGUCCUACAGGUUCAUCAAGAAGCUGGAACAUACUUGGAAGGCUCUCGUCCAUGAUGGGGACACUGUGUCUGUCCACCGGCCCAGCUUCUACGCGGAACGCUUCUUCAAGUUCAUGAGCAACACGGUCUUCCGGAAGAAUUCCUCCCUGAAAUCCUCGCCGUCCAAGAAGGGCCGUGGUGCCUUGCUGGCCGUCAAGCCCCUGGGGCCCACAGCUGCCUUCUCGGCCAGCCAGAUCCCCAGCGAGCGGGAGGACGCACAGUACGACCUCCGGGGGGCCCGCAGCUACCCCACACUGGAGGAUGAAGGUCGGCCCGACCUGCUGCCCUGCACGCCGCCAUCUUUUGAGGAGGCCACCACUGCCUCCAUCGCUACUACCCUGUCCUCCACGUCUCUCUCCAUCCCGGAGCGAUCUCCCUCGGAGACGUCCGAGCAGCCGCGGUACCGGCGGCGCACACAGUCUUCGGGACAGGAUGGCCGGCCCCAGGAGGAGACACACGCGGAGGAGGACCUGCAGCAGAUCACGGUGCAGGUGGAGCCUGCAUGCAGCGUGGAGAUCGUGGUCCCCAAAGAGGACGACACGGGGGUGGAGGCUUCCCCAGCCGCUGCCGCUGCCGAAGCAGAAACCACCAGCCAGGCCUCGGAGCCCGCCAGCCAGGCCUCGGAUGAGGAGGACGCACCUGCCACGGACAUCUACUUUUUCACCGAUGGGAGGUACUGGAUUUACUCUCCCCGGCAUCGCCGACUGCGGGCCGUGACGCUGAGCUCCUCAGGGACUCCCACCGAUGAGAGGAGCUGGGUGUACUCCCCGCUUCACUAUAGCGCGCACGCCCACCCAGCCUCCGACGGCGAGAGCGACACAUAAUUUCUAUGCACUCACCGCCCUGGAGCCGAGCGCCCGCCGCCGCCGCCCUGGCUGCUUGGCGGAGGCACUGCCCGCCCGCCGGACCCGGUCCGCCGCCGGCCGCCGCCGCUCCUGUCAACUACCUAUGACUGUGAACCUCCCUGAGUGUCCGAUCACGUAUUUAUUUUGGGUCCUUACUCUUUGCACAAAGACGGCAGCACAGGUGUGCUUUUUUAGAAAAAGAUUAAAAAAAA